AUGGCCUCGCCGACCUACACCGUCCUCGUCACCGGCUCCUCCGGCCACCUCGGCGCCGCGCUCAUGCUCACCCUCCCAUCCCAGGGUCACACCCCCCUGGGCCUCGACAUCCGCCCCUCCGAGACGACGACGGUCGUCGGCUCCGUCACCGAUCGGGCCCUCGUCGCCUCCCUCCUCGCCCGCCACUCCUCCAUAGUGCACAUCGUCCACGCCGCGACCCUGCACAAGCCCCACGUCGAAUCCCACCCGCCGUCGGCCUUCGUGGACACGAACAUCACCGGCACUCUCGUCCUGCUCGAGGAGGCCGAAGCCGCCGACGCCGCCGUCGCCGCCGCCGAUGGCGGGCCCAGAAAAGGCGGCCCCUCGCGCAUCCGCUCCUUCGUCUUCGUCUCCACCACCUCCACCUUCGGCGCCGCCCUCGCCCCGGCCCCCGGCCGCCCCGCCGCCUGGAUAGACGAGUCCGUCGCCCCCGUCCCCAAGAACAUAUACGGCGUCACCAAGCGCGCCGCAGAAGACCUCUGCGCCCUCGCCCACCGCCGCCGCGGCCUCCCCGUCGUCGUCCUCCGCGCCGCCCGCUUCUUCCCUGAGGCCGACGACGACCCCGACCGCCGCGCCAGCCUCGCGCCCGCCGACGACGGCGCGAACCUCAAGGUCUGCGAGCUGGCCUGCCGCCGCGCCGACAUCGCCGACGUCGCCUCCGCCGUCGCCUGCGCCAUGGAGAGGGCCGUCGCCGUCGGGUUCGGCACGUACAUCAUCUCCGCCCCGCCGCCCUUCCUGUCGCGGUUCGCUGGCGGCGGCGAGGGCGGCGGGGCGGCGGGCGGAGGACAAGGUUUCCGAGAAGGUCCUGGCGGAGGAGAUGGUGGAGGGGGGCAAGGUUUUGGAGAAGAUUCUGCCGGAAAUCUUGGAGAGCUUAGAUCAGGACAACAAGCUUUUGGAGAUGCAGCCGCGGAGCCGGUGGCAGCAGCGGCGAGGCGCACGCUCCUCCGGCGCUUGGACGGGGACGCAGGGGCCGCGUUCCGAGAGUCGGUCCCCGGAUGCGCGGCCGUGUUCGAGAGCCUCGGCUGGGGGUUUCUGGGGCGCGUGGACCGCGUGUACGAUUCUUCCAGGGCGACCAGAGACCUCGGUUGGACGCCCGAGUGGACGUUCGAGAAGGUCGUCGAGAGGCUCGCGCGCGGCGAGGACUGGAGGAGCGGGCUGACGCACAGGGUAGGCAAGAGAGGCUACCAUGCCGUGCCGACCGGCGUGUAUACCACGCGGUGA